AUGCGCCCAACACAAAUCACCCCUGCGCUCCGCCUCACCUCCAGGCCAGCCGUUUCGCAUAUCGGUCUCACCCCUCGUCUACAACGUUUCUCAACCACUCCUUUACGCCGUGAUGAUCGGUCCAGAGCGAAAGCGGGUCCUGUAAAGAAUGUGCUCAAUAGACCAGAAAUCGUCCCCCUGUUCCUCUUCACGGGUGGAAUGAUCUGUUUGGCCGUCUUCUUUGCCGGCCGACAUCUUAUCAAAGAUAAGGAGCUUCGAUUGGAUUCGAAACAGCAGGAUAGGUUGAAGACAAAGACGGAACAAUUGGAUUUUGAAGCGAUGAAACGUGUUACGGAAGAACCGGAGGGGAAGCCGACAAAAGAGGCUAUUGAAGAGGAAAAAAAGAGAGAAGAGAGGAAGAGACAGAUCAGGGAGGAGAAGCAGGAGAAGGCCGAGAACAAGCUCUAG